UGUUUGGCUCUUUUAGGUCGCCGUACAGUCACGGAAAGUCGUGUCAGUGUUGCCAGGGCAACUUUCAUCAACUGAACAAUACCGUAGCAUCGUGCUAACUGCAGUAAACAUUGUGUUUAAAUCCGUUAAAGAAAGUUUGCUGAGAUAACUAAAACCCCUAGUCAAUUACAUUGGGAAUGCAGGGACGUUAUAAUGGCUGUUCCUGUAUGGGCUCUGUCCCUCCCUCUCCCUGCCAUCAUCAUGAUCUCUGUUGGGAUUUAUAUGAUUUUCCUUGCGGGUGUGUUGUGGUGUCAUCACUGUCUCAAGGCCAAGUGUGAUCCUCAGUGUUCAGAUUGCUGUACAAGUUUCUCUCCUUGCGAGUACUGUUUAGUGUGUGCCCAGUCUUGUGACUGUCGUCCACCCUCCCUGCGCUCCUGUCUUGACUACUCCUGCCCCUCCCCUAAUUGUGCGAUGUGGGAUUGUGCCUGUACCUGUCAACCUCCAGAGUGUGACUCCAUCAACUGCUUCUGCUUUGAGAUCAGGUUUAAGUAGGAGGAUGAAGAAAGGCUGUCCUGACUUUAAGAGAUGCCUCAGAAACUCAAAGUGCUAAAGUGACACUUGCUUGCCUUGGCAGAGGGAAAGGAGAGCUUUACUCCGAAACUUUACUCUGAAACACCAUCUACUGUUUAAUAGCUAGUCUUACUGCAAUGCCAUAUUGGAAAGUCAUAUUUUAACUUCUGCAACAACUCUUGAAGUUUACAAGAAAUACAGAAGAAUUACAGAAAGCCAUAAGAUGGAGAAGCAUGGCUUUAAGCAGUAGCAUAAUUUUAUUGAUUUAGGUAUGAUGCUUGCAAAUCAACCAGCGUACCUUUCUGGGUCAACAUAUUUACAAUGUCAAUGCAUCAGUUUUGCCAAGGUUAAGCAGUUCACCCCCAAAGUUCAUUUUGUCAAUAUUUGCUCAUUUUUUGACUAAACAUCUAUGGUGCUCUUUUUCCAUACAGGGAAAUUAGAUGGGGACCAUUUAAUUUUGGGUGAAAGAUCCCUUAAUUCUAGCUAUCUCUUAAAAAAGAUGGUAAAUAGGGUAGAUGGUAAAUUUGACAUCUUACACAUAGCUUAACAGAUGCAGAUACUACUUUUUAGUGUAAAUUACACUUGUAAUAUGACUUUCCUAUAACACAUAAACUUUACAAGUUACAUAACGCUUUACAAUCUAGUUUACUAAUCUGUUGUUUACAGGACGUCAUCUUGGUUAUGAAAUAAAAAAUGUAUACAAUGUUUUACGGUUGUGUGUGGUAUGUGGAAAGAUUUUGCUUAGUAGGUGACAGCCAGAAUACAAUGGCUUUCAUAGUAUAUAUGCUUUUGAUUCUGUUACAUUGAUGGUCUCUUUUGCCCUUUUACCCAUUGUAUAAUUUUAAAAACAAAUUGUUAUAUGUUUUAUUUUUAUAAAUGCAUGUUUUUUAUGAAAAAUGAAUUAAAGAUUUUUUUCACAA